AGAAAUGAGAGUCCUGGAAUUCCUCGCGGUGUUGCUGGUGGCGGCCCAGUGCUCCGGCCUCCCGCGCUCCAACUCCUCGUCCACAGGCGGGUCGUCCUCGGGUCAGCCAGCCCGAAGAGUAUGCUACUUCGAGUCGUGGGCCGUCGGGCGCCCGGGAGAAACCAGCUACGCGGUCGAGGACAUCCCAGCCCACCUCUGCACCCACGUCAUCUACUCCUUCGGCGGGAUCUCGGACACCACGUGGGAAUACAAGGUCUUGAACCCCGCGCUGGAAAUUGACGGCAAGGGAUACGAGCGCUUUGUGGCCCUCAAGGACAGGUACCCCGGCGUGAAGGUACUCAUCGCUAUCGGCGGCUGGGGCGAGGGGGGCUGGAAGUACUCUCACAUGGCCAGCCAGCCAGACCGACGCGCUAUUUUUAUCAACAGCGUCAUCAGCUUCAUGAAGACCUAUGGCUUCGACGGCCUGGACAUGGACUGGGAGUACCCCGGAGCGCCCGAGAGAGGGGGCAUGGUGGCAGACAAGGAAAACUUCCGCUUACUGAUGGAGGAACUGCGCCAGGCCUUCGACGCCGAGAACCCGGCGUGGGACCUGAGUAUCGCUGUGCCCAUCUACAGGAACAAGCUGGAGGAUGGGUAUGACGUCCCUGCGCUCUGUAGUGUGGUGAACGCAGUGAACCUAAUGGCCUAUGACCUCCGAGCUCACUGGGACGGCUUCGCGGACGUCCACUCGCUGCUCUAUCGACGUCCUCAUCUCGACUUCGGGGAAUACAGGGAGCGAAAUGCGAACAACGGCGUGCUCCUGUGGGAGGAGUUCGGGUGCCCGAGGAACAAGCUGGUGCUCGGAACAGCCUUCUACGGGCGCACCUUCACCCUGCGGGACCCCACCAACACCGCCCUUCACGCCUCUGUGUCGGCGGCGGGCUACCCGGGGCCUUACACGGGCGCCCACGGGUCUAUGAUCUACCUGGAGAUCUGCAAGCUGUUGGUGGAGGACCCUGAGUGGGUCACAGGCUAUGACGACGUGGGCCUCGUUCCUUACAUGUACAGCCAUGACCAGUGGGUGGGCUACGAGGACCCGGCCAGCCUCAAGAUCAAGAUGGACUACAUCCGGGACAUGGGCCUCCUCGGGGCCAUGACCUGGGCCGUCGACCAGGACGACUACUUGGGCCACUGCGGCUUAGGACUGAACCCGUUGAUGAAGACACUGUACGAAGGCAUGAUAGAUUACGUCGUACCUGCAGAGCCUCCGAUGCCCAUCCUCACCACGGCCGCUCCCCCAGCCCCUACUACGCCUCCUGGCCCCACCACCACAGCAGCGCCCAUCACGCCUUCAGGAGAGAUUGACUGCUCUGUGUCCCAGUUUUGGCCCCACGAGGACUGCAAUAAGUACUUUUGGUGCUACAACGGCGAACCGCACUUGGAAUUCUGCAACCCGGGUCUAUACUGGAGCCAGAACUGCCAGUGCUGCGACUGGCCAGAGAACAUCGAUACCUCCAAGUGCAACGCAGUGCUCAAAACCCCAGGUACAGGCGAAGCACAGAAGCAGGCCGGAGUGAAGCAGGCCGGAGUGAAGCAGGCCGGAGUGAAGAAGCCCGAGGCAGCACCCGCACAGAAGUCCGUCCUGCGCCAUGUCGACGAGGAAGCUGAGCAGGCUGGCCGUCGCGCCCUUCCGCUGGGCCUCGCCAAGGAGGUCGCCAAGGAGGUCAUCAAGAAGGGGAAGGCGGCCCCUAAGAAGAAGCCAAGCAAAGCCUCUGCCAAGAAGCCCGUUAAAAAGGCAUAAAAAACAAACUCAUUCUGAAGAUACAUUGUCAUUGAGAUAAUUAUGUAAUCAUUCACUAACUUAUUCUUAAGAUAUAUUGUUAAGAUAUAUUCUUAAGACAUACAUAAACAAACUUGUGCAUAAAGUAUAUUGUCUAUAACCAAACUUAUUCUUAUGAUUUAUAAGUAUUUUGUAUCAAUUCUACGUCACGGACUGGGGAAUGUAUCGCUAGUAUUGUGCUUCAUUCAAUGCCUGCAAUGUAUUCCAAUAUAUUAUUACACGAUAUUGGCGAUAUCCUAAUCAACAGUAAUAUUCAUCCUACGCUUUUCUCAGUGUUUGUAAUGUUAUGAGAAAAAUAUAA